AUGAUGAGGGGUUUAAUAUUUCUAGCUUGUGUUAUUCUUGUAGUUCCUUCAACGUACCAAGAAUCUUUAGGCGGCUUGGUAGAGUUAGAUGAAGUAAGUUUCAACAAAUUAGUGCCUAAAUUCGAUGCCACAGUAGUUAAAUUCGAUGUGGCUUAUCCUUACGGUGAUAAGCAUGACACCUAUGUGGCAUUAUCUAAGGAAUCAAAAGACGUAGAUAAUCUGUUAUUUGCACAAGUAGGAGUAAAAGAUUAUGGAGAGAAAGACAACGAAGCAUUCGCUAAGAAAUAUGGUGCUGAUAAAAACAACUUCCCUGUUGUUAAACUGUUCCUUAAAGAUAAAAGCAAACCAAUAACUUUUGAGGACUCUGAAGAAUUUACAAUUGAUCGAUUACGCCAAUUCGUUCGAGAAAAGAGUGGAAUCUAUCUCAGUCUCCCAGGCUGUAUAAGAAGUUUAGAUUUAUUGGCUAUUAAAUUCAAAAACUCUGAUACUGAAAAAAGGAAGAGCAUUGUGAAAGAAACUGAGAAUGUUCUAGAAAACUUGUCAAAGGAGGUGGCUGGCAAUGGAAAGAUCUACAAAACCAUAAUGGAGAAGAUAUUGGAAAAAGGUGAUGACUUUAUCCAAACAGAAAUAACAAGAGUUAAUAAAUUACUUGCUGGUAAAAUAAGUAAUGAGAAAAAGAAUGAACUAAGCCAAAGAAUUAACAUCCUUAAAUCAUUUUUAUUACCUCUCAAGAAUUAUAAGGAGGAACUGUAA